AUGCACAUCGAGUGGGCCACCAAUUCUGGAGGGUACGGACCAAACAAGAGACCGAGAGAUUUGACGCUGGUCUUUGCCAACAUCAAGGGCGUGUUCAAGGCCUACGGUCCACUUGUAAGCAAGAUCGGAAACAUAUAUCCUCACCUGCCUCUAGCUCUUGCACCCCCAGAGAGUGCCUACGAGGGCAGCAAUAAAGCCAACGAGCUGCCCGAUUCGCGAGCCAUGUUCAAGAGCUGGGGUCUCGAAUCCGAUGGCAGCAUCGUGCCGCCUGCACUAUCCAAGAGUGAUGUGGAUCAUGCCAAGUGUCCAGAAUCAUUUUCCCCCUCUGUUAUGUUUGGACCCAACGGAGACGAUGCCUAUGACAAAUAUGACGAAGGGGAUUCAGUUGCUCAAGUUAAUAAGUUCUUGAGAAGUAAGGAUGACUUCCCACCGGACUACUUGAACCAGCUUACCAAGUGGUACAAUGAACUAUAUAAUUGA